AUGGAGAAAUCUAUCACCCCGACCACCGACAAGGCAAUCCCGUAUGAUGAGAAGACAAAGGAAUCUACCGAGAAUGGCUCAGUCUUGCUUGCAAUCGACGCUUCGGCGGAAAAGUCGUACCUUCGCAAGCUCGACAUGUAUCUACUUCCAUAUCUGUCUUUGAUGUACUUCUUCAACGCCAUUGAUCGUAGCAACUUGGGAAAUGCAAAGACGGACGGCAUGGAUGUUGACAUGAACUUCGUCGGCAACCAGUACUCGCUGCUGAUUCUGCUGUUCUACGUUCCUUUUGGUCUGAUGGAUCUGCCAUUGAACUUGCUCACCAAGCGCUUCUCCGGAAAGAUCAUGCUGCCCACUUUGAUGGUCGGAUGGGGAUCCAUGGCCACCAUUCAAGCAGCCGCGGUCAACUUCGGCGGCAUGCUGGCCCUGCGACUUCUGCUCGCUUGCUUCGAAGCUGGUUUCUACUGCGGUGUGGUUUUCUAUCUCACUCUUUUCUACACCCGUGGCGAAUUGGCUUUCCGCAUCGCCAUCUUCUUCGGUAGCGCCUUGCUCGCAGCUGCCUUCUCCGGUUUGUUGUCCUACGGCGUCUUCCAAAUCGACCAUCCCACCAUCCACGGUUGGCAAUGGCUCUUCAUCAUCGAGGGUCUUCUCACCGUCAUCUUCGGCGUCAUUGCCUACUUCUGGCUCCCCGCUCACCCAGAAACAGCCUGGUUCUUGAACGACCGCGAACGUGCUGGCGCCCGCGCCAGAGCCCUCCGAGAUUCGUCGCGCAAGGUCAACACCGCCUUCAGCUUCAAGGCCGCUUUCGAGACGUGGAAGUCGUGGAACUUUGCUCUCUGGAUGCUCAUCUGCUUUACCUACCCCGUGGCAUUUGCGACUACUUCCAACUUUCUUCCUCAGAUCGUACAACGUCUGGGCUACUCCGUCAUCAAGACCAACCUGUGGACCGUGGCGCCCAAUGCCACUGGUUUCGUUGUCCUCCUCUGUGUCUCUAAGUCAUCCGAUUACUUCCGCGAACGGACGUUCCACAUCAUCGGGGCUCUGUCUCUGUCGCUCGUGGGCAUGGUGAUCCUGGCCGCCAUCGACGCCCUCAACAACAAAGGUGUCGCGUACUUUGCCUGUUUCCUGAUGGCCAGUGGCGCGUACAUCCCGUCCGUGCUGGUCCAUUCAUGGCACAACAACAACGACUUGGACGAAACAUCUCGAGCUGCCCGAACGGGUCUCCUAGUCGGCCUGGGUAAUUUGGGAGGCAUCAUCUCCGGAGCCACCUUCCGAGUCGAAUAUGCCCCAUCUUACUGGCCUACUCUGGUCGCCACCGCUUGCUGCAACGGUGUCUGCAUCAUUUCCGUCCUCACCAUGGGUCUAUGGAUGAGACGCGAGAACGCCCGCCGAAACAAGGCUCAAGGUCGUGUUCUCAAGGCCGAAGAUGUCGAUACCGAUACCCUCCAAGACGGUGAGAACUCACCUGAUUGGAGAUACUUCAUCUAG